CUAUCAUACUGAACUACAUUCAAAGGCUUAUAUGGUUUCUGUUCAGUUGGAUGUUCCUUACAGCUUGACUGUAUUUAAUAGCAUUAAAAGUGUGGGUUUUCUGGGAUAUUAAUUGUAAGAAAUAUACAUUAACAUUAAUAUAUCUAUUGAUUUAAUGUAAUAAAAUUUUAUUUGUUGAACUUUUAUAAUCAAAAUGGCGGCUAAAUAUUAUUGUUGUACAAUCUGCAAGGACGAGCAGUCUGUAGAAAUAGAUGCAGAUUUUUACUGUAAAACAUGUCUUAAAUACUUCUGCAAAAGAUGUAUAAACUCCCACAGCUAGACAGCAUGGUUGGUUGUUUUUCAAAAAAUCUCCUUAUGGAAAGGAUAAAAUAAUGAAGUGGCCUCUUUCUAAGAAGAUGGAGACUUCUCUUUUAACAUGCGCCAUACACAAGGUUGAACAGUUAACAAUGUACUGUCCGGACCACAGUCAGCUGUGCUGCUCAAGAUGUGUUGAGCUUAAUCACAGACUAUGCGUACAAGUAACUCCAUUACCUCAGGCUGCCGGAGGGAAGUCAACCAACUUCAAGAACCUGUCUGUCAGCACGGAAAAUACUCUUUCACAACUGAAACAAUGUCAGACGUAUCAGGAGGACAGAAUCAAGUCUCUUAAGGUUUCAUACAAAGAACAUGAGAGGCUUAUUGUGGAUGGUUUGCGUGUGAAUAUAGUAUCAUAUUUACGCGAAUGUGAAACCAGCACAGUUAAUACAACACAUAAACAUAUGCAAUACCCAAUCAGUGAAAUGCGUGAGGAAAUCAAAUAUUUAUUAGCAGAUUUUGAGAAAAGCACUAUUAAGGAGAAGAAAGAAGAGCUAAACCUGAAACAAGCUCCUCUCAAGGUUGUGAGAAACAGCUGCAUUAGACUUCACUAUGAAUUGUUCCAUCUCCAUGUAGCCAUACCGAAAGUACUGGGUAAAGAACUCUCUUUUAUUGCCAGUAAAAAAUGUCUGGAAAAUAUACAACAAUCUGAUAUAUUUUUAAAAGAGAACGUUUUAAACAAGGUUUUCACUGUGAAUGGGAAGUCUGUGCACCAUGUGAAAAUGCCAAGUGAAUCAGACACAUGCUUUAUCACAGCAGUAUGUGCUCUCCCAAAUGGACAGGUCCUGGUUGCAGACUACUUUAAUAAGAGAGUAAAGCUUCUGAACCAGCAGUACCAUGUGGUGAGUCACUUGGAUUUCAGGGAUGCAUAUAAGCAACUGGACUCCGACAUGUGUCUUAUCACACCCACUGAGGUUGCAGUGGCUAUGGAUGAUGAGGUCCAGUUUAUCACAGUAAGCCAGAGCCAGCUUGCCAAAGGCAGGAAGCUUAAGUUACAACAUAGUUGUAAUGCUAUUGCCUACCUUCAUGAUGACCUAUAUAUCUGCUCUGAUACUGCCCUGUACAAGUACAGAUUGAGUGGCAAACAGGUCUGCAGACUGUAUGAAGAUACAUCAGCUUAUAAAACAGUAUACAAGUGUGCUGUGAGUCCCACAGGGGACAGGCUGUACAUCACCAGCUACAUGGAGGACAAGCUUCUCACCCUGGCCAGGGAUGGCACACUCCUGGCUACAUACACAGACCCAGCACUAGGUGACCUAUAUGGUCUACAUGUGACCCCUGCAGGCCAGGUGCUGGUCUGUGGAUACUGUCCCGGCACUAUACUACAGGUGGGCUGGGAGGGGCAGAGUAAGCUGGCUACUCUUGUUACUGUGGAGGAUGGAGUGAGGAGGCUACGGUCAGUCUGCUACAGCAGCACCACAUCCUCCAUCAUUGUGGGACAGAAGUUGAACGACACCAUCCUGGUGUUCAGAGUGGAAUAGUGUGUACAUUUGCUGCUGAUUCAGGACAAGGAUGCUGAGGAUGUGGUGGACAAGGAUGACCUGAAUACACAAAAGCUACUGCUCAGCAAAGAAUACAACUGUCUGGUGAAAGGCUCGACCGUAUCAAAGUCCAGUGAUGUCGGGGUAUGUGGCCGUUCCAUGUCUGGGGAUUGCAUUUUAGCCGACACUAACAAGGGAGAGAACUGAAGAUCUGCACCUGCAAAGAGCACCAGCCUUGAUAUAGAGUUGGUACGGCAACGACACAAGUCGGGCCCGCUGGAGCCCCAGUCCAGCACGACCCCUCCCCUGACCCCUAGCUCCUCCCAUUUGACCUCCGGCAUCAAAGAGUCAGCAUUGUUAAACAAUUCCACCCCAUAGCAAUUUUCUGAGCACAUAGAGUGUUCGCACAUUUUUCUCAACAACCGCAAUGUCCGUGUUGAGUGAUCCGCACUUGAGCCCUAAUUGGUUUGAUAGACUCGAGUAUCGGAGGUGGUAGAAGUGUUACAGACAUAAGAAGUUAUUGCAGCAGUUAUGGUAACACUAACAGUCAGCUCUCGCUGUUGGACAUUACAAUGAAUAUUACGAAAAAUACAAAGCUGGAUAACUCAUUGCAUUCUUUUUGGGACAAACAGAACUGCAGCAAAGAACAGGAGAAAAUCACGGAAUGUUUGAAGAGUUUAAGUCAGAAGCGUAAGCCUUCCACCGGGGAUACUCCUGGAUGGUCUUAAUUUAAGGGACAGUCCAGGUUUGUCCUCUCAGGUGUCCAAACUAUCCAAAGAGAAUGCAUUUAUUUUUGACGCAGUUGCUAACAAAGAAAGGCAGUACCGACUUCGUUGUGAACAGUCAAGCAUGGUACAUCACUGGAGCAUGCCUCAGACGGGAAUUCCAUCUACAACAAGGUGCUAAAGGUGAACCCAUCAGGGUGUGUUACUAUCCACUUCAAGACCAAACAGCCUCACAUUGAUUCGACGAUAAAGAAGGCGUUGAAAAAUGACAGCAGUUUUGAUGUGUCAUCCAGUUCGCUCUUCGACUCUCAACCCAACGUUAGUAAGAACCCGAACUCAGCAUUUAGCGUUAUCAGUGAGGCUCGAAGGUCAUCUCUGCUUCUUGAGCAUCAGAUAAAACUAUAAGCCAACCAGACGAACAUCGUUGAAUCAUUUUGCACAUAUACUAAAACUCGCUCAAGAAAUUCAGCACGUCACUUAUGAACAUCUUCUCGCAAGGCGGCUACAUCAACACUUCUAACAGCUGAGCCUUGGUGAGCUCCACUCCUGUCCCGAUGAGUCGCUCGAGGGGAAACAAUCUGAUCCACAGAUAGAGCAGACGCUGAGUGACUCGUCUGUUAACGUGACUGACCUCCAUAUGUUGCUCUCUAAUAAUGUGAACCUGCCUGAGGAGCAGUGUUGUCCUACAUUCCCGGUUCAGGGUGGGGACUUUGGGGAUGAGACUCACACAAUCUCUGUCUAUGGCCCUAUGGUAGCAGCAGCAGCAACAAAAACAGGAAGUAUUUCAGCUGCACACUGAGAAAACAGGGCUUAAUGCAUGUGCCUAAAGUGUUGUCCCAGAUAAAGGUGUUAAGUCUGCCCAAGCUAAUUUGUGACCACACUUUCCGAAAUAUGCCUUAAAACAAAGAAUUCCAUAAAAGCUGAAAGUGUCGUGGCUGAUUAGUUUGUGCAGACUGUACAGGCAAAUCUGGAACAACUCUUUACGCUAUAAAUGCAUUUAGCCCAGUUUUUAAAGAGUUUAGAGUUGCACAUUUAGUUCACGUUACAUCAGCUUUUUUCUGACCUUUCUGUAGAAAAGUUCCUAUUACUGAUCAGGAAUUUUGUGUUUUUAAAUUGGUCAAACUGAUUAAAUAAAUACAUAUAGGAGUUGAUUUGAUAUCAGUUUUAAUCAUAAAGGGUCAGGGCAUAUUUUCAUACAUUUUUGUGCCAAAAUUCAGCCUCUAAACCAAAAGGUUUUUGUUUUGUUUUUCACAUGUAUAUUAACAAAAUUCCCCUUUCAUAAAUUAAAGAAAAUACCUAUUAAAUGCUGGUUAAUUUAAAUUAAACAAUUAUUGAAAUGCAGUCAACAUUCUAUGAAAUAAUUAUCUGCAUUUAUUUUUAAAUAAGGAUAUCUUUAAAUUAAAAUUAACCACCUGUCCAAGUUUUAAGUAUACAAAUAUGCCGCUGGAGUAAGAAUAUGCCCUGAAGAUAUUUAUUCAUUAUACCCCCGUGAUGAUUGGGGUAUAUAGGAAUCACCUUGGAUGGAUGUCUGUCGGUCUUUGUAAAUGUCUGUGGCCUGUGGGUGUUCACUUACAAAUUCAACGUUCAGCAUUCAAACUUUCAGGUAUUUUCAUUCUCAGAUGAAGUUGUGCAUCUACAUUUUGUAUCAUAUUUCACUGAAAAUUACAACACUUAGACAAUCUAUAACAUCAUGCGACAUAUUAUGACUUGCAGAAUUGGAUGAUAGUUUGCGUCACAAUGGUUACAACUUUUUGUUUGACUAGAAAGCAAUGAUACCUUUUUAGCUUAUAGUAUUUGUAUACAUAUUAGAAGAUGUAGUUUUUUCUAACAAUUAAAAAACACAACAUAUUUUGCUUUGGGAUAUAGUCAGCCACAUAACUUGUUAAUUGAAUGGUCAUGAAAUAAUUGUUAUGUCCAUUUUCUCAAUGAUUAUAGUAUGGCAUUUGUCAGUUACUGGCAUAAGUAUAUGCACUAAGUUGAUCCAGGAAAAGGUUAAUUUAAUGACCACACUGCUACGACUAAAAUGCAUUUUUAUUUGUGUAGAGAUCUAUUAAAAUAUGAUAAAAUUCCUGGAUUUUCUAGAGUUUCCAGUUCCUGCAGGACCCCAUACAAUUACACAUCUUUACACAGCUGAACAACAACAGGCCCUGUGGUCAGUUGGGCUCCCACAUCCAUGGACAAUGCCUUGGUAAAGGCGUCAAGCUCUUGGGUCAGGAAUUUUGGGCAAAGCUCCUACCCCCAGGGUACAGCCAGUCUAACCAUGGGACUCCAAACUUCACUGCUUAGAGGCCAAGACCACCUCAUCUACAAGGGGCCUUUCCCUCACAAGUUCAGGCCCAGAGAACCAUGUUACCCAACUCCAGCUCAGGCACUACAUCUCAACAGGAAAACAUGUCAAUUUACAAAGCACCCUUCCCUGAAAAUCUGGCCAAGCUAAUAAACAAUGUGAAUGCAUCAACGUGACCCUUCAGAGAAACAGGAUUCCAGGCCGAAUGUCAAACCGUCUGGGCUCCAGCAGCAGCCUCAGCCGUGGGGGUCAGGUUCAUGAUGCACCUAUGCUCUCAAUGCUCUCUGAACAUCUUAAUCUCACAGCAACAGUGGAUAACAUGCCCUUCAAGUUGGGGAUGGUUGAGGGUCUCCCAAAACCACCCAGUGCCUUGCGAUGAAAACCUCCAACAGGACUGUGACCUUGCCCUUGGACUCACCUAAUGGUCAGGUUCAAGGUCACAUGGGCUUAGAUAGUCACUGCAGUAAAAAAGUGUAUGGUUUUAAAGUAAAGAAGACUUCACAACAUGACAUCCGAGACUGCAGGGACGAAAUGACUCACGUCAGCAGAGGAAGCCAAGACACAAUACGAGAAUUUCCAGCGGCUUACCUGCUUAAAACCUGGGUAGCAGAGCAAUGAGUAUGUCCCAGGAGCAUUUGCAGUAAUCGUCCUAGAUUAUGAGAUUCCCAUGCUCCACAACCCUAAGUCUAUGAACAUCAUGCAGAGCGAACCUUGGACGUCCCUUGACAAAAUCAAACCAGCAAAUCAGAAGGACAGCCUGCUGCUACCGUUGUUAUCAUAUUAACCCCAUACCGAAGAAGCUCAGAGAUAUAAAUGCUGUUUAAGAUGUGCUAGUCUCUGCAUACCCAUGUCUGGUGUGAACAUGUACAAUUGAAGGUCUCUACAUACCCCAUGUCUGGUGUGAACAUGUACAAUUGAAGGUCUCUACAUACCCAAUGUCGGGUGUGAACAUGUACAAUUGAAGGUCUCUACAUACCCCAUGUCGGGUGUGAACAUGUACAAUUGAAGGUCUCUACAUACCCCAUGUCUGGUGUGAACAUGUAUAAUUGAAGGUCUCUACAUACCCCAUGUCGGGUGUGAACAUGUACAAUUGAAGGUCUCUACAUACCCCAUGUCUGGUGUGAACAUGUAUAAUUGAAGGUCUCUACAUACCCCAUGUCUGGUGUGAACAUGUACAAUUGCAGGUCUCUGCAUACCCCAUGUCGGGUGUGAACAUGUACAAUUGAAGGUCUCUACAUACUCCUUGUCUGGUGUGAACAUGUACAAUUGAAUGUCUCUCUAUAUACCUCAUGUCUGGUGUGAACAUGUACAAUUGAAGGUCUCUACAUACCACAUGUCUGGUGUGAACAUGUACAAUUAAAGGUCUCUACGUACCCCAUGUCCGGUGUGAACAUGUACAAUUGAAGGUCUCUACAUACCCCAUGUCUGGUGUGAACAUGUACAAUUGAAGGUAUCUACAUACCCCGUGUCCGGUGUGAACAUGUACAAUUGAAGGUCUCAUCUUUGAAAUUGGGACAGGUGGAAAAUUAAUGAAUUGAUGCAGACAGAAGUCGCAUAAUGACAAAUCACAACAAAAAGUGGAAAUCCAGACAGUCUUGUGGCCAGCCAUGUUCUUAUGUGACCAUCCAAGUUGUGUUUAAAGAAAACAAUAGUUCAUGUUUUAUUGGAACUAUGAUGCUGAUAGUCAUUUUCUGUAUAAGGCUUUUAUGAACUAUAUUUAAAUACUCAGUAUAAUAAGAUUAAGAUUACGUGAUAAAAGCAAUAAUGAACAAUAUAAUUUUAAGAGCAAAAUUAGCAAGUCUAUCCAAUUACUGUGUCUGUAUUAUGAAAUUUUAUUUUGGAAAUGUUAAGGAAAAUAUAAUGUUACUAAAUAUAUGUCUAUUAAUGCUGAUUUUAACAUUUGUCAAAGCUGUUUAAAUGAUGCUGGUAACUUUGACAAAAUUGAAAGAAAAUGUAUUCUUUUCAUGUAAUGAGACAUGCUUGAGUUUUUUUUUGGCUUUAUGUGUAAUAUAGAGGUGGUAGUUACACACAUUGUUUACACCGGUGGAUAAUUUUAAAGUUAAGGCUUUGAUACUCUUACGUGUGCCCAUUGGUGUCAGGUGUUUUUGUCAAGCAUCUUGUUUAUUAUCUUAGUAUUUCAAGACAAUAUUGAUUAAUUUUAGACAAAAUCAUUUAAUCUUCCUUAAAUUGUCUAUUCUGUAUUUACUUCCAGUUAUUUAUUAAUUUGCUUAAACAUGAUUGAAGAAUGACUUGUUUGUUGCUUAAAAUGCUUUGAGCAUUUAAAAACGAAAAUAUAAGAUGUGGAAAUAAUGUCUAAAGUUAUGAUAAUUAUUUUUUGUUUUUGUAAAGUUAAUUAUGCUUUAUAUGUUUGUGUAUAGACAUUUAGACGACCAGAUUAACCUGACCAAGAAUUCUUGAUCAAUGUGUAUAUCCGUCACUUCAUUUGUCAUUUGUAUAUAGAGCGAUUGCGAAAUGAUCGUAUUGUUAAUGAAAAUCAUGCGUUUAUUGUUGCCAUUUUGAUUUUCGCUGUUAACAUGUAUUUGUACAAACAAUUUUCAUCAUGUACAUCUUUUAGAUGCCAGAUAAUAAAAACAAACAUUGCUUGUGGAGAUGCUCAUUUAAAACUUUCUUAAUGAUACAGAACAACACAUUCUGAAGAGGCUAAUAAAUUAUGCUUUAGGCAAAAGGAACAUCUUGUUAUUAGUAUAUGUACUGCGUUUCAUUAAAUAAAGUCAAGCAACUAUUGAAAUAUUGGUAUAACUUUGUUUUGCAUUAUCUUAAGAACAAUUAAUAUAUACUACUUGGAAAUCAGUCAAUUGCAAAUCAAGCGAGAGUGAUUUAACAUGCUAACACUUGUCAAUAAUUGAAUUGUCUCUCUUUGUACGUAAGAUAUAGGGAUGUUGUUGCUUGAAAAACAAAGUUGUAUCCGUUGUUAGAUAAUGCUUUUGUUCAUCUCUCAACAUAACAUGAGUACAUUCAUACAGUUAUUAAACAUAUGACACUCUUUAUUCUCAGCCAUCAGUUUGUAUUGGGAUUUUGUAGAAUACUUACUAAACUAAUAUACGUCUGUUUAAUGAAUUAAUAGCUAUGGUACAAUAUGAUACUAAGCGUUACAAAACAUGUGUAAUAAAAAUAUAAUGUCAUUUAUUUGAAAUCAUAAAAUUUAGUUGUCCAUACAAUGCUUACAGUUUUGCAAAUGUGAUGAUAAAGGAAAUGUUCUGCUCAAAAUGUCUUUUUAAGACAUGUGAAAAUUGUAGCAAUCAUAUUGUACUUGUAUUUAUAUUAUACAUGAUAAGAAUUUACUUACAGAUGAUGAUAGCGGCAGUUUACUAUUUGUGUUACAGUUUGUUUCACUCGACCAUUAGACCAUAUUUCCUUAAAAAUGUGAUUGUUUAUAUUGAACUUUAUUUGAAUGCAUGAAACACAAUUGUUCUAUUACUUAACAGCUGAAAAUAGCUUGAUGUUUGUAAAAUUGUAUGAAAUGUUUCAAAUAAAUCAUAUUGAUUACAUAGAAAAUAAAAUUACAUUUUGCGUUACUUUGAAUGCAUAACAAACAAUUGUUACCAUACAAUCAUAUUAGUAUUGAACUUAAUUAAUACUUUUAGAUGCAAUUUUUACAAUAAUGUGUUAAUAUUGUCAUCCAUUCCAAAUAAGCAUUUUGCAUUCGUAAAUAUAGGGUGUAUAUAAACUGCUUAGAUGCCUUUUUUAAAUUGCUUGUGUACGUCAUAUUGAUUAAAGACUCUUAUUUAUUGCAUAUUUGUGUGUACCUAUGUCUUACUUAUCUCUUGAUUGUCCUUAAAUUACUGCAAAUAGUAUUUUAAUAAUGUUAAAAUAUUUAUCUAAACUAUAACCAGGUUAUCUGUUAAUUUUAGUUUCAUACAUUGUAUUGUCUAGCUAAUUAAAUUGAAGUGGCUAUAUUCUCGCCAACAUGCAUUGUGGGUGUAUGGUUUAGACAAAGCACAUUACACAACUCAUGUUGUUUUUCUCCAUCAUUAAUAACCAAUGUUUAUUCCGUAGAGGUCGCAUUAUACUAAAUAUUUCAGUUGUGCAAUGCUUUGCUCUCUUAAUAAAUCAGCACUAUUUAUUGAUUUUUUAUAUGGGCACUUCCUAUGACUUUAUUCGUGAAUAUUUCUUUGAAUGUGCGGUAGGGAAAACAUUGUUUGCUUGAAGGUUAGAAACUUAAUGUUGACAUCUUGAAAGAUGGCAGUAAACAUUUAACUGCAGAGUAGCUGUGAAAAGAUGUAUGUUAAACAAUGUAAGACAGAAGUCCACGCAAGAUAUGUCAUGCAUGCGAUAUGCAUGAACUAUCUUUUAAAAAUAAUUUGGAUCUGAAUUAUCUUUAACAAAUGGUAUGGUUAUGAGGGUCUCUAUGUGCAAAAUGUUGCAUUUAUUUAGUGUACAAGUUAUUGCUUAAACAUUGAAUUUGUUAUGGAAAUAAUAUAGUUUAUGUGACUUAAAGAGAUAUACAUGUUUAUGUUAGUGAUGUGUUUUUGCUGAUCCAAGUCUGUUCCUGCACACUAUUUAAAGUAGAUAACUACAAGUUAUCUCAUUUAAAUGGGAAAAGUAUUGUACUGUGAAAAAGUGUUGCGAGUUCAAAUAAAAAUACUAUGAAC